CUUUCAUUAAUUUCAUCGACUCACUCUGACUCACAGUCCCACACUGAACAAACAGACAAACAAAAAAAAUGGUGGGCUCUACAGAAUUCCUCACCGGAGAUUCCAUUCCCACGAACGUCAACGAUCGUCUCCACCAGCUUAAAACCUUCGACGAAUCGAAAUCCGGCGUCAAAGGCCUCGUCGACGCCGGCGUCACCCGACUCCCUCCCAUCUUCAUCCGACCGCCGGAGGAGCUCGCCGCCGAGAACUCCGAGCGCAACGAAACCCCUUUCUCCAUUCCGGUUGUCGACCUCGGCGACCUCCCCGGCGCCGUCGAUGCGGUCCGGCGAGCGGCGGAGGAGGUGGGGUUCUUCCAGGUGGUGAACCACGGCAUUCCCGGGGGAGUUCUCGAGGCGAUGCUGGUGGCGGCGCGUGGGUUUCACGAGCUGCCGAUGGAGAUGAAGAGAGAGUAUUACAGUAGAGAGAUGGGGAGAAAAGUGAAGUACAUGAGUAACUUCGAUUUGUACAAGUCUAAGGCUGCUAAUUGGAGGGACACUUUGUUUUGUGUUAUGGGUCCUGAGUCUUUUGACCCUCAAGAACUGCCUCUUGUUUGCAGAGAUAUAACCAUGGAGUACUCUGAUAAAGUUCACAAAUUAGGCACCACUCUCUUCCAACUGCUAUCGCAGGUGCUGGAACUGAAACCCGACCACCUCAUAGGAAUGGAUUGCGCAAAGGGUCAUGUUGUUCUGAGUCACUACUAUCCGCCGUGCCCCGAGCCUCAACUGACUAUGGGAACUACCAAACACUCUGACCCUGAUUUUCUGACCAUCCUACUCCAAGACCAUGUUGGCGGACUCCAAGUUCUGUGGCAAAACCGGUGGAUAGACGUGCCUCCUGUCCCCGGGGCUCUUGUAGUGAACAUUGGAGAUCUGUUGCAGAUUUAAAAGCGUCGAGCACCGGGUGCUUGCCAAGCACGUUGGACCAAGAGUAUCUGUAGCAUGCUUUUUCACGU